AUUUCUCUCCACCGGACACAACAACAUCUUUCACAAAUCUCUCAUAGAAAUUAUCAAAAAUAUUAUAUUAUCUAUUAUCUGAAUUCCAACAUUUGAGUUAUGGCUAUUCACAAAGCUCUACUCGCUUCUCUACUCGUCUCUCUGCUUGUCCUCCACCUUGUCCAGGCCGAUACGGCAAACUCAAAACCUCAAGAUGGCUACGCAAAGAAAAUAGAUUGCGGAAAUGCGUGCGAGGCGCGGUGCAAGUUAUCGAGCAGGCCGCGACUUUGCCACCGUGCGUGCGGGACGUGCUGCAUGAGAUGCAACUGCGUCCCGGCUGGUACGGCCGGGAACUACGACAAGUGCGAGUGUUACGCCGCCCUCACCACCCACGGCGGCCAACGCAAGUGCCCUUAGAAAUCGCGAUUUCCAAUCACUGAUCCCAAACGCACCGCGCGUUCCAUGGACAUGACGUUUGUUGAUGAUUACAACGAUCCUUUGAGUGUGUGUACUGCUAUUAGUUUAUGAGUUUCUUUGGUAUUUCUUUUAUUUUCCCGGUCCGUUUAAUUUUAUUGUACGUCUUUGAUUUUCUAAUAAAAUCGUAUGUGGGUUAUAUAUUCCAUUCCAUAUUA